AUGGCUAAAAAUUUUGAUGAUAUGUUUAAUGAGGCUUUGUAUGGCAAAAGAAGACGGCAAGAUAACACACUGAUAGAUAAUUGGAUCGAUGAGUAUUUACUCGAAGAUUCAGAAGAAGAAGAUAUCGAUAGAAGCCCUAUCCCAAUUACUCGUAGAUGGAUCAACAGAGAUCGAGAAGCAGGACAUGAUCGCCUUUUUCAAGAUUACUUUGCAGAUGAACCGGUGUAUAAUGCUGACAUUUUUCGACGGAGAUUUCGAAUGAGAAGAGAUGUGUUUCUUCGGAUAGUAGACGCUCUCUCAAACGUCUAUCCGUAUUUCCACCAGAGGGUUGAUGCAACUGGAAGAAGAGGCUUGUCGCCACUUCAGAAAUGUACCGCUGCGAUACGGAUGUUAGCAUACGGCGUAGCAGCUGAUGCUGUUGAUGAUUAUGUGUGCAUAGGCGAGAGCACUACAAUUGAAUGCUUGGAAAAAUUUGUUGAAGAUGUCAUUUCUGUGUUCCAGGAUGAAUACUUGCGAAAACCCAAUCCAAAUGACGUACACCGCCUGCUACAAAUGGCGGAGGGUCGUGGCUUCCCUGGCAUGUUGGGUAGCAUUGGAGAAGAGAGAUGUUAUGAGUUCCUAUUUACUGUUUAG